CUCUGAUUGUGGUUCGAUUUUUUGUGGGCUGAUUCCGAGCUCCGCAGCACGCUCGCAGACCUCUGCCAAUCUUUUGAUAGAUAAACAAGUCGCUCUUUUCAAUCGCAUCCACGCGCCUGUCACUCUUUACCGGCAACUGUGCCUUUUCAAUCGUAGAAGUCAAAGUCCAAUUUUCCUCACUCGAACUUUCUUCUUGGACCCUUGAUCUCCUUGGACGCGCAUAUCAACAAGCACAACUUUCAGGACUUCCUAGCGCCACAGAGCAAGACGCAAGCAUGGAUGUUAUUCUGGAGAUACUCGAUACAUAUGCCUUCGAUCGGCUAUACGCGACGGUCCUGCCAUUGACGUCGUCAAUGUUGGCCAUGAGCACCGUCGGUGACUAUGCUGCCUCUUCCAACGACACAUGGUCAAACAUGGCCCGUAGCGCCACCCCUUUCAAAUUCGAGCCUGCGAGCCAGUACUUCUCGGUCGAGCCCAGCUCAUACGCAUACAUGAGCCGCUUGCCGCGAGACAACAUGGCCAGACAAGCUAUCAGCUUGUUCCUCAUCACAUGGAUCUUCGGUCUGCUCAACUACUUUAUCUGCGCCGGCCUCUCGUACAUCUUCGUCUUCGACAAGUCGACAGUUCACCACCCCAAGUUCCUCAAGAACCAGAUGCGCCUCGAAAUCAACCAAGCUCUUUCCGCCAUGCCCACCAUGUCUGCUCUCACAGUGCCAUGGUUCUUGGCUGAAGUUCGUGGCUACUCCAACAUUUACGACGUCCUGCCCCAGGGCUCAUCAUGGAACCUCGGUGGCUGGUACCUGCUUCUCCAGUUCCCCUUCUUCGUCUGCUUCACCGACUUCUUCGUCUACUGGAUUCAUCGUGGUCUGCACCACCCCAUGGUCUACAAGAAGCUGCACAAGCCUCACCACAAGUGGAUCAUGCCUUCGCCCUUCGCCUCGCACGCCUUCCACCCUCUCGAUGGCUACGCUCAAUCGCUACCCUACCACGUCUUCCCCUUCCUCUUCCCGCUGCAAAAGUUUGCCUACAUUGCUCUGUUCAUGUUCAUCAACGUCUGGACCGUCAUGAUCCACGACGGCGAGUACGUCGCUAACAGCCCCAUCAUCAACGGUGCCGCUUGCCACACCAUGCACCACCUGUACUUCAACUACAACUAUGGCCAAUUCACCACACUCUGGGAUCGUCUCGGCGGCAGCUACCGCAAGCCCAACGACGAACUCUUCCGCCGCGAGACCAAGAUGGGCAAGGUCGAGUGGGCACGCCAGGUCAAGGAGAUGGAGAACAUUGUCAAGGAAGUCGAAGGUGACGAUGAUAGAAGCUACGAGCCUGAGACCAAGAAGCUCAAGUAGACUCGUCCUUCCUAAUUCUUUCACGACUUUUCUCCUUUUGGUGGCGCAACCUUUUGUUUGGCUUUUCUCAUUCUACAUACAUCGGCAUGGUAUCAGGCGUCGAGACUACUCCUCCUAUACCUUUUUUUUCUGCAUUCCUUACCUCAUCCAUA